AAUGUCAACUACCCAGUAGUAGAAAGAGGGAUUUCCCUCAGUCACUGGCUCACUUCUGCAACAGUCCGAUAGGCCUGAUUCGCCUGAAGGCACGUGAUCGUCACCUCACCUCACCUCGGAACCAGUAUUUAGGGCUUCCUACUGAGUGCUGAACGUUCUACUCGUUCGCCCUAAGAAGACGAAGAGGAAGACAGACCCAUUUGCCCUCAUCGACUGUCGCCCUCCAAUACAAUCCAGAUGGACUACAGCUCUGAAGAUGAAUCUGAUAUUAGUGAUUCCGAGAUCCAUGAAUACAAAGAUAAACCCUACGAGCUGUUGCGGGAGGGAAAAUAUAAAGUAAAGGGUCCUAAUGGGACUCUUAGAUGCCCAUUUUGUGCGGGGAAGAAGAAACAAGAUUACAAAUUCAACGAACUCUUCCAACAUGCUUCAGGGGUGGCCAAAGGUUCUGCUCUCAGAAAUGCAAAACAGAAAGCCAACCACCUUGCCUUGUCAAUCUACUUGGAGAAUGACCUAGCCAGUGAAGGAGACCAAAUACAACGUCCAAUUUUACCGGCACCUGUCGCACAGCAAGAAAAGCAAGAAGAUCUCUACGUGUGGCCUUGGACUGGCAUUGUUGUAAACAUAGUGAGCCAGCCAAAGGAUGGAAAAGAUCUUCUAGAUUCUGGAUACUGGAUGAGAAAGUUUUCAAAAUGUAAACCUUCAGAAGUUCAUACUUUGUGGAACGAAGGCGAUCCUGCUGCAUGCGCUGUGGUAUAUUUCAGUAAAGAUUGGAGUGGUUUUGGGAAUGCUACUGAUUUUGAGAAGAUGUUUGAAACCGACUGUCAAAGUAAAAAGGAUUGGAAUGCAAGAAAGGAACAGCCUGGCUCAAGCAUCUAUGGGUGGUGCGCGCGCGCUGAUGAUUAUCAUUCCCAAGGGCAGAUAGGAGAGUUUCUUCGCAAGACAGGAGAGCUUAGAACGGUGUCUGACAUUGUACAGGAAGCAGCUAGAAAAAGAAAUGAUGUUGUGGCAAGCCUGGCCAAUAAAAUUGAUAUGACAAAUGAGAAUCUGGAUGAACUGCGGUACAAGUACAAUGAGAGGACACUGUCCUUAAGUAGGAUGCUUGAAGAGAAAGAUCGGCUGCACAAUGACUUUGUUAAAGAAACGAGGAAGAUGCAGCAAAUGGCAAGAAAUAAUGUUCAGAGAAUAUUAGAGGAGCAAGAGAAAUUGAAUUAUGAGCUGGAGUCUAAGAAAAAGAAACUUGAUACCUGGAGCAAAGAAUUAAACAAACGUGAAGCAGUGACUGAGCGUGAGAGGCAAAAACUUGACGAGGAUAAAAAGAAGAAUGAUGAGAGAAACAAUUCACUCCAAUUGGCUUCCGAGGAGCAGAAAAAGGCUGAUGAGAGUGUCUUGAGGCUGGUUGAAGAGCAAAAGAGAGAAAAAGAGGAUGCCUUAAAUAAAAUACUUGAGUUAGAAAAGCAACUGGAUGCUAAACAGAAGCUAGAGAUGGAGAUUGAAGAGUUAAAAGGGAAAUUAGAGGUGAUGAAGCAUCUGGGGGAUCAAGAUGAUGCUGCGGUUCAAUCGAAGAUAAAAGAAAUGGAAGAUGAAUUGGGGGAAAAAGUUGAUGAACUUGAGGAUUUAGAAUCUCUAAAUCAAACUCUUAUCACCAAAGAACGCCAAAGCAAUGAUGAGUUACAAGAAGCGCGUAAAGAAUUAAUAGCGGGUUUGAGUGAAAUGUUGAGUGGUCGAUCUAAUAUUGGGAUAAAGAGAAUGGGUGAUCUUGAUCAGAAGCCCUUCAUGAACACAUGCAAGGAACGAUUCACUCUUGAGGAAGCACAGGUGCAGGCCUCCACUCUAUGCUCCUUGUGGCAGGAUAAUCUGACAAAUCCUGAUUGGCAUCCUUUCAAAGUUAUAACAGUCAAUGAAGAGCCCAAGGAAAUACUUGAUGAGGAAGAUGAGAAGCUACGGAAUCUGAAGGAGGAGUGGGGCAAUGAGAUACAUGAGUGUGUCGUUACAGCCUUGAAAGAACUUAAUGACUACAAUCCAAGUGGGAGGUAUGUUAUCUCUGAACUUUGGAACUUUAAAGAAGGAAGGAAAGCUACACUGAAGGAGGUUAUCAGUUUUGUCUUAAAGAGUAUUAAGACACUCAAGCGAAAGAGAACAUGAAGUGAAGUGUGGCAGGCCUGGUAGCAGGAGGGCAGAAGAGGAAAUCCAGAGCAGCGAGGGUCGAUGGUAAAUCUACAACCAGCGGUUGGAUCGGAUGGCAGGGAAAUCAUGUUUCGUAGGGACUCUACUUUGUCUAGUUGCAUCUACUGUAGUGCUUGUGAACCUCUAUUGAUGACUCUAUUGACUACGCUACUACUUUUGAAUUAUGAAUGCCAAGAGAGUACCUCCUGGACAAAAUAAUUAUAAUUUGACGUUGUUGGAUUGGA